UGGAGGUCCAACUGUUUCUCAUCUGAGGAAAAUCACAUUUCUCAUCUUUGGUCUAGUGUUUGCUGAUUACACUACGCUUUCUUCACAAAUCCAAGCAUCUCCAGUAAAAUGCCGCUCGAGGGAUUUCUCCUCAUAUGAGCACUGUGAGAUACGUCCAGAUGGAGUGCAUGACUUGGUCUGCUUUGGUAAACAUGAAACACGUAGUAAAAAAACCUGUGUGUGGAAACCUGGAAACCACACGUCAGAGAAGAACUACACGGUGAUUAUGAGGCAACGUUCCAGAAAUUACUGCUCAUUUUAUCCAAACAUUGAAGGAUCCUUAAAAUCAGUCAAUUUUACAGUAUACGAAAAACUCGACAUGAACGUUGAAGUUUUUGAACACGGUGAAGCAGCAAACUGCACAAAAGCAGUUUUCCAAGGUUCACCAAAGGACACAUUGCGAUGUGGCCCUCCUCAAACGGCCUCCUUCAGCCGAACCGCCGGGAGGCUGCAAGCGAGAGUCAGCUGGCUGCAGGACGACAUGAAGGUCGUUGACAGAUACAACAUGAGAUAUAAAACUCUGGGCAGCCGGGCGUGGAGCGAGUCAUUUGUUAGGUCUGAAAAUGGGAGCAGCUGCAGAGUGGACACCCUGAACUCCUCACUGGUCUAUUCCGUCCAGAUCCAGUGUGUUCCUAACGACAAGUGCUCGCAGUGCCCCUGGAGCGAAGCGUACACCGUGCCGGCAGCACUGACCACACCGCCGAUCGUCCAAUUUCAUGAAAAGGACCAUGCAAGGAAGAAAGGCCGCCGGGUGAUUUCUGUCGCCUGGACGCCUCCAGACAGAGGCCAGUACGACGGCUACCGUGUGACGGUGUGGAAGGCCUCGGGAGAGACUCGGGGUGAACAGACGAUCACCGCCCAGCCUCACCUCAGACUCGUCCUCUCCUACUCGUCUUAUCGUCUGAACGUCAGCGCCGUCAAUAACGCCAGCGUCUCCCCGGCCGCGAGCGUCUUGAUACCACGGAGUGAAGACCAGACUGGUGUUCCAGAUGGGAGGCUGAACGUGACGGUCCACCACAACAACUCGUUUACCGUCUUCUGGAAAGACAAUCUCAGCAGAUCGUACGUUUGCUACUCAGUGGAGUGGUGGGAAAAAGAACAGAAGACAAUCUACAUGUCUUUCCAUGAGAGCAAGAACAACUACAGAACCCUUUUUCCAUUACCAGAGCCUCUGAAGCCGUACACCAGAUACAACAUCACUCUUCACACGCGGCCAAACAAGGACACCUGCAACAUGGUGCGCGUCAACAACAGCGAGAGCACCUACGCCAGCACGCAGUUCUACUCCGUGGAGGGCUCUCCCGUCGGCGCUCCCACGAACAUCAGCACCUCCGACAUCACCCUGGACUCGGCCGUGCUGCGAUGGUCGUGCAUCCCGGAGGAGGGCAUCAGAGGAUUCCUGACGGAUUACACAAUCUACUUCAUGGAGUAUCACCAAAGGGAGGCGAGCGCAGAGAGGAACGUCACAGUGGGGCCGACACUGAACAGUUUUGAACUGGCGGGUUUGAAAAGUGACACGGUUUACCAAGUACAGAUGUCGGGCUCCACCUCGGCAGGAGAGGGAGUUCGAAGCGCCACAAGUUUUUUCAAGACAAAACCCAAAGAGAAGGUCGACCUGGGACUCAUCGUGGGCUUUGUGGUUGUAGCCUUGGUGCUGAUAUGUGGCUCGCCUGUAAUUAAAAGGGUAAAGGUCAUCCUGUGGCCAAGCAUACCAAACCCUGGGAGAAGCAACGCCAUGCAGAAAAUAGACGGCGCGGAUGAGCUGGAACUGACGGAAGCCAUCAGCAUUCUGAAUGUGGACGAAUGGGAUGUGAAAAGCCUUCACAUACUGGAGAGAGAAGCAGCGAGUCCUGCUAAUGUGCUGACGCUCCUGAAUCCGCCAGAGGACGAGGAAGACUCAGCAGGAAGCAGGUCCAGCUGGGCAGAGGACGACACGGACAGUGCCGGCAGAGACGUCUCACUGAGUGAUCCCAAUACUCUCCUUCACACACAACAAACAAACAUGCAAGGUUCUGCCCUUGCCUUCGCUGGCGGAUACACCACAGUGGAAAUGUUCCAGCAGGGCAUGAACGCAGCCGCGACUCCUGAUGUGGGGAAAAGCUCGCCGGACCUGGAUUCGACCACGAUGAGACCCGGACUGGACUACGUGAGGCAGGUCAGCUACAGUCCGGCCUCAGGCGGCGAGCGCACGUCCACGUUUCUGUGAGAGAAGCUGGACUGUGUGAAACACCAUCACUACGCCAAGAGGCAAAUGAAAACCGACAAACAGGACCGCGGGAUAUUUUACAGACAUUUCUACUCCAGUUGAAGGAACAGUCUUUCAGAACUUUGGCCUUCGUGUGGAAAAAAUUGCAACUAAUGCUUUUUUUCAAUGAAUGUAUCUCUUUAUGAAGGUUUGCUCACUUUUUGCAUACUGUAUUAAAAAAAACCUAAUAUGGCUCCGAUUUUUUUUACUAAAACAUUUUUUUAUAUUUAGUUUUAAAUGUUAAUUUUGUCUCUGAUGUGAUGCAUUUUCAUUAAAAAUAUCCAUCAACUGUU